GAAAACGAAAUAAACUGGGAAAUAUAAAUUUAAAAUCAUAUGCGAAAAAACUAAAUCACAAAAUUACUCAAUAAAGAUAAUUUAAGAAUACACAAAUUAAUAAUAAUAAAAUAUAAUACAAAAUUCACAAAAAAACCAUAUUCAAAUACAAAAUUUAAUAUUGAAUUACAAUUUUCUAAGAAAACUAAAAUAAAAACGAGAAAAAGUAAUAAAUACUACAAAACAAAUACCCCUAAAAAAUCAUCAAUAAAAAGAAAUGCAAUUAAAAUCUAACAAUAAUUGGAAAUACUAAAAAGUUUUUUGGAAUUGAAACUAAAGUGAAGUUUUAAACAAAAGUCUUAAAACCCGUUGAUAUAUACAAAAAGAAAAAAACAAAAUAUAAUUGAAUUAAUUUUGAAAUAAGUUCAGUUAAAUAGUGCCAAUAUUUAACAAUUUAAAAUCCUAAUUAAAAGUCACAAAAAUAAUCACAAGCAAGAAUUUAAUGGAAAAUUAAAAACAUCAAGAAAAUAUUAAACAAAUCUAAGGAAAUAAUAAUUAAACUUAACGCCAAGCUCAUUCAAAGCUAUAGAAAAGAAUUUAACUCCAGCCAACAGCGAAUCAUCAUCAUCGUCAGCUAACAAAGCAAAUUAUUGGCAUGCAAUUCAUAGCUCAUAUAUAUUGUUUGAACAACCAUUUAAUUAGCCUGUUUAAUAUUUGCUAGAAAAAAAAACACGAAUCAAUCAAAAUUGGAUUACUAAAUAUUGGAUUUGCAACAGUACAGUGUUUUUAGUUUUACAAGCAGCGAAUAAAUAAUAAUUAUUACAGUGUUAAGGCUUGAUUAAGAAAAAUCUACAACAGUAAUUACUUUACUUUAACAACAUUAUUUUAGGAUAACUAAAUCAUCAUAAAUACAAUAAGCUAUUCAACAUUAAUCAUUCAUUAUUAACUGGGAACCCACAAAACAUUCAAGUAUUUUUUUUAUUUGGCUUGAUUACCAAAAAUCCCAGCAUUAUAAUGUCUGCUUCCUAAGUGCUACAGCAAAAGGCUCCACAACACAUUACAUCACAAUAAAAGCAUAUUUUGCACCCAUGUUCACCGCCUCGCAGAAACCCUUUUUAUCUUUAAUAGUUUGAGUGUUUCAUUCUAUUAUAAUUUUCUAAUUAAAUUUGUUUAAAUUAUUAUUUUUACCAAAAAAAAACCCUCAAAGAUCAUCACACUCAAACAGUUACAAACACAAAAAUGGCGCGCACAAAUGUUAUUUUAAAAAUCCUUUUCACUUUAUGUGUUUGGUCCUUCGUCAUAAUUGGCGUGUUUAAAAUGCAGGGCACAAAUAUAGUGUCGCAAGAGUACGCUUCAAUGCCCUUGAGUGGCCGCAUAUUGCUGCAAAAGGACAUGCUGAGAUUUGCAGAGACAACAUCAACGACUACAGAUAAGUUUGAUCCCUCGGAAAUAUUGGUCGACAAUCGAACGGCCAUGGACGACGAACAAUUAGUACGUGAUGUCGAAUCCCGCAUACCCUCUCUACCCAUUGCUUACUGGAGUAAAAACAAGAAUUUCUUACAACAGAAAUCCUCAACAUGUGCCAAAUAUCCCUCUAUAUUUGAGCUGGAAUUCAAUAAUAUUUAUUGGCAAACUAUGCGUACCUCCAAUGGUACGUUCCAGCUAUUUGGAGCCUACUAUGAUAUACGCAAAAAUUCUCUAUUAGGGCCCUCAGUGCGUAUUCUGGGAAUGAUUGAUCGCAUUGAACCCAAAGUCAAGACCUACUGUCAAUUUUGGUUUGAUGGCCAGAAAGAACCCUUCAUAGUGAAAACCUAUGAAUACAAAUAUAUUUGGUACAACAAAUGGGGCAAUUAUAAGCAGGGCAUUUACCAGCCUUAUUUAAUUGCUUGCCAAAUACCCAAACCUUUCCAUGGUGUAGUACCCAGUUCAGUGUCGAUGGUGGAGAAAGAAUGUGAUACAGCCACUAAUAACUUGAGAGUUAUUUACAAUCGUCCUCCUGAUGAUCAAAAGAAGGGAUUUGCUGUAUGUGUUAAGGGUUUGGAUUUCUUGUAUGAUGAUUUAUCUGUACGCUUGAUUGAGUGGAUUGAAAUGCUAAAUAUUUUGGGUGCCGAUAAAAUCUAUUUCUAUAAUUUACAAGUCCAUCCCAAUAUCAGUAAGGUGUUGCAUCACUACGAACAGGAGGGCAAGGUGCAGGUUAUACCUUUAACUUUGCCGGGAGGUCAGCCCAAUGUACCCGGUUUUCAACAUUUGUAUCUGACCAAGAAAACGAAUCACAAACGCCAGAACGAGGUUAUACCCUACAAUGAUUGCUUGUACAAGAACUUAUACCUCUACGACUAUAUAGCACUACUCGAUAUAGACGAGGUUAUCAUGCCCAAAGGUAAUUUCGUGUUAUGGUCCGAACUCAUGGCCAAAGUAGUGCCCGAAUCUUUAAAGGCCCGCCCCGAAGGCUAUCACAGUUUCAACUUCCGUAAUGUGUACUUCCUGGAUGACCAACAGCAUGAACAUGGUUGGCACAAGGACAUACCCAAGUACAUGCACAUGCUGCAGCAUGUCCAUCGAGCCAAAAACUAUACUAAGCCCAAUCAAUAUGUCAAAUGUUUCCACAAUCCCGAAAAAGUUUUAACCCUACACAAUCACUUCCCCUUGGCUUGUUUGGGUGGUGUAUGCAAAUCAUAUCCAGUGGAUAUACAAGAUGCUCAUCUCCAGCAUUAUAGAGCUGAUUGUGUGAAUACAUUGAAGAAGUCCUGUGAGGAGUACAGAGAAAACUCUGUAGAAGAUAAAACUAUAUGGAAAUACAAAGAUGAGCUAAUAAGACGUUCAGUUAAAACUUUAGAAACCUUGGGAUUCUUUAGACGUUCCUCAGCCACCACUUACGGUAGCGGUUUUGGCUCGACCACACAUUCAACGGAACGGUGAUUACCAAAUCUUUGGUGGUCUCUAGCAAUACCAUCUUGGUUGGGCAUUAGGGGGGAUACUUAUGAGAAUGAAGUAAGUAGCAUUAGUACCAGUAGUAGUGGCAGUAGUAGUAGUAGCAGUAGUAGUAGCUAUAAAGCUAGUACAGUUAGCAGUACAGCAACUCCUUUAAAACCUGUUGUUUCAGACCAUCAAGAUCUUGAGGUAAAUCCAGACUAUGCUACCGAAUUUUCUUAUGAUGUCCCUGAAAAUAAUCAGGAUUUAUAUAAAUCUACUACUACCAUAAACUAUAAUAGGUGAUAGUAAUUUAAGUAAAGAACUAAGGGAUUUAUAACAAAUAUUUAACUAUAUAGAAUGAAAGGAUUUAAAGUAAUUAAAUUACAUUAAAUUGAAUAGGAAAGCAUAUAAUUAUUUAAUAAAUAAUAGCAAGUGUAUAUAGUAAAUUUAAAGUUUGUAGGUUAAUGUUAGAAUUUGUACUUAAUAAUUAGAAGAAUUAUUAGAAAAGGGGCAGCUUUCAUUAACAAAUUUAUUAAGAAAUACAUAAUUUGUCACAAAAUAAAGGAAACAGGAUUUGGUUUAUUUACAGAAAACAAUAUUUUCAUUAAGAAAAAAGUAGAAAUGAACAGUUCAUUGCAGCUUUUUAUAC